AGAUGGCGCUAUGUAACAACUGCGUGUCAUUCAUGUGUGUGACUGAGCUGUGAGUUCUGUGUUCAUAAUUUUUCGGGCUAAAAAUGGACGUAAGAACCGUAAUAUCCACCACGCUAUUUGUGGCUUUGACCUUUUCCUUAGGUGUCUUGUGGAUGUGUGAUGCAACAAUUCGAGUCGAGAGACCAAGAGGAGUAUCCCUUAGCAAUGAACCUCUUUACAAUAAGGAAAGCCAAGGUGAAUAUUUCACAUGUAUAGAUGGCUCAAAGAAGAUACUCAGGUCUCAGAUCAAUGAUGAUUAUUGUGACUGUCCAGACUCAUCGGAUGAACCAGGUACAUCAGCUUGCCCAGAUGGAAGAUUCCAUUGCAACAACAGGGGGUACAGACCAUACUACAUUCCAUCAUCAAGAGUAAAUGAUGGUAUUUGUGAUUGCUGUGAUGCCUCUGAUGAGUAUGAGGGGCCUGGAGCAGGGAAGUGCAUCAAUAACUGCAAGGAGCUCGGAAAGAAAGACCUGGAGGAACGCAGACAACAGAUGGUGCUCUUCAACCAAGGCUUUGAUAUCAGACAACAAUACAUCAAGGAUGGCCUUGCAAAGAAAACAGAACGAGAGGGAGAAUUGAAGAAACUGCAGACGGAGAAAGAAGAAGCACAGAAAAUAGUUGAUGAAAAGAGAAAGGUACGUGAUGAAGCCGAAGGACCCGAGACCGAGGCCAAGGAUAAGCACAAUGCAGCCUGGGAAGCCGAAGUAGCCGCUAAGAAAGCAGCAGAGGAAAGGCAGACAGCUCUCCAGGCUUUCAAGGAAUUAGAUAUUGACUCUGAUGGAAGAAUUGUCUUCCACGAGUUGACCAACAGAUUGGAGUUUGAUACGGAUGCCAGUGGACAUAUCAAUGAAGAAGAAGCUAAGGCUGUGCUUGGAGGAGCCAAUGUUGUUGAGGAGAAUGCCUUUGUAGAUCAGCUCUGGAAUGACGUCAAGGAGAAAUUCAAGUUUGCACAUGAGGUAGAAGCAGAGUUAGCACAAAAGCAACAGGAAGGACAGGAGCAGCAAGAAGAACCUGCUGCCUUUGAGAAAAACGAUUUCGAGGAUGAUGACGAUUUCGAUGACGACGUCGAAGACGAAUGGGCGGAGGAUGAGGAGGACGAAGACAUCUAUGAAGAGGAGGAUGAUGAAGAUGAUUUUGAUGAUGAUGUGACGGAGGAAGAACGUGACACAAUGCGUCAAAGACGGCUGGAUAGAAUGGAUAGAUUAUCUAAAAGGAAGCAAGAGAUGAAGGAUUCUAAGACUUCCGAUGACCAGAUGCCUGAUUAUGAUGAGGCUACUCAAGCCCUAAUAGCAGCUGCUGACCAAGCCAGGAAUGAAUUUGAGGAGGCUGAGAAAACUUUGAAGAAUAUUGAGAGGUCUGUCGGGGACAUAGAUAAGCAGCUGAAAGUAGAUCUAGGUCCAGACCAGGCGUUCCAGGCUCUACAAGGACAAUGUUAUGAGUACACCGAUAGAGAAUACACAUACAAGUUGUGCCCUUUUGAAAAGUCUUCGCAAAGAUCUAAAAAUGGAGGUUCAGAAACUUCUCUUGGGUAAGUUCAGCAUGAUGAUAAUUAAAAAAAAUUGUGUUUUUUAAUAGCAAUGAUUCCAUUUUAAAAGUCACCCAACAAUAUUUUGGAUUAAUCUGUAAAUAAAGCCCUGAGCAAUUGUUGCCAGAGCAAAUGUCGUGCCACCCCUUAUACAUAUUGCUAUUAGAAGAGUUAUUUGGGGAACGUAACACAAAGAUUAGUGAUUAAUUGUUCAUACAUGUAUGAGUUUCACAUCUGACUGUACAUUUUAAUAUAAUCAAUCAUUGAUCAAUUGUAAGUAGCUUUGUGUUAUAUUACUCUGUCAUCCAUAUUUUAUUUAAAUAUAAAUGUUUUUCCCUCCAUUUUUGUCUCACCUGCAUAGCAGAGUGAGACUGAACAUCUUGUGCGAAUUUCAGGUCACAUGACAAAGGUCAAAGGUCAAUGAACUUUGUCCAUUUUUGGGGUAUCUGUUGAAUUACCAUCAUAACUUUGAACGUUUAUGGACCUGAUUCAUGAAACUUAGACAUACAUGUAAGAGUAAUCAAGUAUCACUGAACAUUCUGUGCCAGUUUCAGUUCACAUGACCAAGGUCAAAGGUCAUUUAAGGUCAAUAAACUUUGGCCAUGUUGGGGGUAUUUGUUGAAUUACCAUCAUAACUCUGUAAGUGUAUUGGUCUAGUUCAUAAAACUUGGACAUAAGAGUAAUCAAGUAUCAUUGAACAUCUCUUGCGAGUUUGAGGUCACAUGACCAAAGUCAAAGGUAAUUUGAGGUCAUUGAACUUUGGCCAUUUUGGAGGUAAUUAUUAGAUUGCUGUCAUAACUUUUAAAGUUUAUAGAUAUAGUUUAUAAAAUGUGGAUAUAGGGGUAAUCAAGUACAUGUAUCACUGACAAGUCUUAGGUCGCAUGAUCAAGAUGCAAUGUCUAUUGUCAAUGAACGUAGUAUUGUAUCAUUAUAUGAAUGGUGUUUUUUUGUGAAUAAUUAUUUUAUAGUAGUUUUCAAAGUCAGCACUGCUGCUAUAUUGAAUCGCGUGAUGCAGGUUAGACUGCCAGAGGUGCUCCACUUGUUUGUGAUGUCAUCACUUUGGUACUCUAUUGCACACUGAGAAGGAAGGCAUUGAUUUAACCCAAUGUAGAAAAGUUACCUUAAUUAGCCAUGCCAAGUUAUCUAGAAGUCAUGAAUGCUUGAGCGCCUAGGCAGCUCAGCUAAAGCCGGGGUAAUAAUAAUAGCAGGGCCCGCUGGUAGAACAGUUUUCGAAACUGAAGUGGUUACCCUGGGUAAAUAUACCUAUAUUAUUAUUAUGAUGAAAAUAUUAGAAGAUCUCACACACCUGCAUAAAAUGUAAAUGUAGACACUCUAAAAUCAAUAUUUACAUGUAUUUUGCUACCCACAAUAUAAAUGGUCUUUAUCAAAACUGAAUAUAGUUAAUUAUAAAAGAAAAUAGAUGUUUUGCAUAUUGAUGAUGAUGUACCAGCAUAUUAUCACCCAUGACAUAAUAACAUACAUAACUUUUUCCAUUAUAUCACUGAAACACUUGUAUGGUAUACAAGUGAUUCACUGAAAUAAUUUAAAAGGUAUAGAUUAAUUUUAACAAAAGUGAGCAUUGUUGCAUCAGGUUUGGACAAACCUGUAUACGUAGCAGUAUUAGAUAUGAAAACGUGUAUGCACAUGAACUUCAAGCAUAUAUGUACUAUAAGUUUCGGAAUAUCCACCCAAAGUGAAUAUAUGUCAACAUUCUAAUCUAUAUGAAUGGGAAUGCCUGAAUACAGAUGUGAAGACAGAUAUAAAAUAAAUUUGUGUUUUACUGGAUAAGUUCUAAAUUUUUUUUGAAAAUAAGAAAUCACUUCAAACAAAAACUUUAAGGAAAGAGGCCACUAGAUAUUUAAAAAUUCAAAGUUAAAUGUUCACCAAGAAUCAAUGGCUGAAAAAGCAAAGUUUGAAGGCCUCCACACUUCUGUAAGAUUGGAAUUUUAAGAUGAUAAUCAAAUAUGAUUCCCAUUAUUUAACCCCUUUAAAAACAAAUUGUAUACAGGCUAAAACAUGCACGAAAGUCUUUCCUCCAGGGAGAGUAAAUACAUUAUAAAAAAUUAGUACUUUUAUUUGUAUAAUACACGUUACUACAAAUAAACAAUUUCAAUUUUUUUUUAAACCCUUUAAAAAAAAAUUGUAUACAGGCUAAAACAUGCACAAAGGUCUUUCCUCCAGGGAGAGUAAAUACUAAAUACAAUAUAAAAAUAAGUACUUUUCUUUGUAUAAUACACGUUACUACAAAUAAACAAUUUCAAUGAUUCUAGAGCAAACCAAGUAUGUAAUUAUAAAGACUUAUAUUGAUUGUAAGAUUUCCAUUUUUGUAAUAUAGCGUCAAAUAAUAUCAGAAAUACUUGAUUUGCUGCAUAUUUUAACUGGCCUGCUUAAAUUAAAUGUAGUAUUCUAGCUCUGCUAACUUUCCUUACAGCUGAUUUAGGGCACUUUUUCCGAUAUUUAUAUAUAAAUGAAUGAAGAGAACAAUGAUAGGAGUGGCUUAAAUCAAGGUUCCCCAGAGCUACAUGUAUCUGCCCUUUGGAAAAAUUGGUGAUAGCCGAAAAAAUGUCUCUGCUGGGAAUGAAACCCGGGCCUCCAGCUUUGAACGCCGGUGCCUUAACCACUAGACAACAGAGACGGGUUAGUGGCUAGGGCAAUCCCGAUCCGAUUGACCGUCAGAUAGACAGAUUUUCGACACUAUACCAAUUGUAAUUUCCUUUGUCGGGUGUAGGUGGGUUUUGAAUAAUGACAAGUUGCCAUGCCCCAGCUGGAUCAAAGCUAUUGCUGAUACCCGUUUAGAUCUACCGAAAAUCUAGAGUGCCUCCGGAGGCUACCGCAGGUUGUUCUAGAUGAGUCAAUAGAUUUAAAUGGUCUCGGCACAAAGCACAAAUCUGAGGGAAUCGUGAGGGAUAAUACACUCUAGACAGUCUAGCACAUUCGCGAGAUUACACGGCGUGAUCCACUGUUGGACUGUAGAUCUAAAUGGUCACGGCAUAAACGCAGCAUAGAAAACGGAAGUCCUUUAUCUGAUCACAUGGUCUCGAUCGUUGUGCAGCGAGCGCUUUCUCUCUUGACUGACAUUGACCAACGGAAAAAACAAAGAAGAGAAGAAAAAAUGAAAGAGAAUCAAGAUGUAAUUAUAAACAAAGAAAUGCAUAAGAAAAUUGAUG